AAUGGCCUCUCCCUCCCACUGGAAAUUCAAGCUGAUCUUUCUGGGAGACUUUGGGGUAGGGAAGACCACACUUUUCCAUCGCAUCAGAACGGGGCAUUUCUUGGAGGGGGCGCAUACCCUCGGCCAGCACAUGGGCAUGUGUGAGAAGACCCUGCCGCUGAAACACAACCGCAGCAACCUCCAGGUCCAGAUCUCCCUGUGGGACACAGCUGGAGAGGAACGGUUCCUGUCGCUGAGCAGCUGCUAUUACCGGGACACGGACGCUGCGCUCCUGACCUACAGCCUCCAGAGCCCCCCCUCCUUCGACAGCCUCUCCCACUGGCUGUUUGUGGCUAGGCAGUACUGCAUGGACGCUGACAUCUUCCUCCUGGGCAACAAGAGUGACCUGGAGAGCCGCAUCCCUGAGGAAAAGGCGGAGAGGUUUGCCACGGAGCACAACACGUCCGGGAGGUUCAGAGUGUCGGCAAAGACAGGUGAGAAUGUGGACCGGUGCCUGCAGGAGGUGGUGCAGGAGCUCUUCCUCAAGAAGGAGUUUCAGCGCAGCGGCCUCCAGACCCCACUGCGAGAAGAUUGCUACUACAGUCAGUGUGGGUGCUGAGGGA